UGGCCAAGCCCGCAGCAGCCCGCAGGGCCCUCUGCACCUCCUGCCCUGAACCCAGGGAUCCCUGAGAAGGUCAGCCCAUCUUGGUGGACGGCAGCCCAUCUUGGUGGACGGCAGCCCCGUGGGCACCAAGGAGCCCCAAGACACCGUCACUGCUCCGAGGAGCCUGAGAAGAUUUGCUGACCUGCGGCCAGGUAGCAUGGAAAUGGGGUCCCACCACUGGAAAGGGACAUUAGGGGCAAAACCGAGAAAAUCUGAAUCCAGUGUGGCCUUCAGCAGCUGAUAAGACGUGGACUUGGCCAGCGCCCCUGCUGCAGCAGGAGGCAGACCAGGAGAAACCAGGGCGGGCUCUGGGGCUCUUGGCACCCUCUUGGCAACAUUUUUGCAAACCCGACUGUUGUAGACCAGGAAGACGAUUUAAGAAGCGCAGCCAGGCSUGCAGGUCCCUCUGGGCAGCCCUGGCCUCCUCCAGGGCCAGGGAGCUGAGCUCGGGUUUGCAAGCUGCGACCUCGUUCUGCACCCCUCCCGCCCUCCUUGGAGCCACCCAGGGCCCAGGCUCCUUCCUUUCAGUCCAGGUGGGGCGGCCAGAGUCCUCCCUGCAGGGCACUGGCUCCCUGGAGCCGCAGCGGGAGACUCACAUCUGGUCAGAGCGGCUGGGGUUGGGGGGGAGCUUCAGCCUGCGCCUCUUCCAGUCUGUCAGGGUGCAGCAGGUCUCUGCUCCCCUGCCCUCUGGUGUCCUUGGAGUAAUUGCUGUGUCCCAGGGUGAUCUGGGGCCUGAGGCCCCAAGUGAAUCAGAGGGGGCCUGAUCUUGCGGGUGGAGGCCCAGAGCAGAGUGGACGCCGGGGAAAGAAAACCUGCGUCCACAGCCGCACACCUCAGAGUCGGGCAGAGGGGACCACCCGGGUGUCCACUAGGAGUGUCCCUCGACCACCCACAGGAGCGAGGUGGCAGCCGCACUGGACGGACCUGAAGRCCUGGUGCUCAGUCAGAGCCACAGACACAGGCCACCGGCUGUGACCCAGUGACAGGAGGGUCAAGGACAGGAGUCCAGAGACGGGAUGUGGGCCAUGGGGAGGGACGGGGGCUGCUCCUGGACUUCCUUCGGGGAUGGAAUGUUCUGGAACCAGACAGAGGUGCCGCUGCCGCUGGACUGUGUACUCUAAAAUGGCCCAUCUGCGUGAYGUGACUCUCACUCAGAAGCAGCAUUGGGCAGAGUCUCGAGGCUUCAGAGAGGCUGACCGGGCUGAAGAGUGCCCAGGGCCAGAGCGCAGAGACACAGGGUGCCUGGAGGCCCCCAGGCCCAGGGACUGGCCGCGAUGGUGGACGCUCGGCCCUGCUCGGUGGCUGUGGGUUUCGCUGUCAGAUCAGAGCUGCGGCCCAGAACUCUGGGUUCCCCUUUCGUCUGGAAUCCGGGGACCUUCUUUCCAGCUGGCCGCGGCCACCAGGAGGAACUGGGUCCCCAGGCUGGACUGCCUGCUGUGGUGUCACGGUGCUCGUUUGCCAGGAACCCUUGUUCUUCUUCAUUGUGACCCCGGAAUGUCAUUAUCUGGCCACUCAGAUAUGCCAAAGAGAAGCAGSGGAGACGGACCCACGUGGCGCGAGGAGUUCCAGAACUUGAGCUGCUGGCUGGGAGCCCUGGAGGACGAAGUCACAGACGGCCUUGCCCCUGGCGGUCUCGGGAGACGUCGUCAUAAGCCCUGCUGCUGAGCUGGGCCCACCAGCACCCUGGCUCCCUGCUUUGAGAUGAUGCAACUUGUGACAGUCACAGACGCUCAUUCCACUGCCGUCCACCAUGAGGUGAUGCAGCCAAGGAGGGCUCUGGCCAGAGCCUGCACCAUGCUGUUUGGACAUAAGCCUCCAAAGCUACGAGCUAAACAAAACCUCUUUUCUUUAUAAAGCACCCAGCCUCAGGUACUUUGUUGUAGAAACACAGAAUGGACUAAGGCAGCAUAUGGGAGGCUCUGAGUAUCCGACAGUCGCUGGAGCAGCACCCUGAACUUGCUGCCUGAACACUUCAGGCUGUCCCCUUACCAUUCUAGAGGACGGGAGCAAUUCCAAGGUCAUUUUCACUGGGCAAACCCAGGGCUGGCCUCUCCUGAGGCUCCAGGGAGAGUCCGUGUCCUGCUCUCCAGCUCCUAGGGGCCCCACAGCCUGUCUGUCCCACGCUGAUGUCCCCAGUUCCUGUGCGAGAUCUCUCUCUGCCUCCUCUUAGAGGGACACUUGGUGAUCUUCAGGGCUCCCGGGGUGGCCCAUGACCACAGCUCCCCGCCCCCAGCCUUAACUGAAACGCAGGCAACAGCCGCGGAAGGGAGACUCUCAGGUUCCAAGGACUAGGACACCGUGUCCCCGGGGCUUUCUCCACCUUCUCGCAGGAAGGAAGCCAUUCAGGAAUGGGGAGGGCCAGGAGGGUCCAGGGGGUCAUCUCUGAGGAGUGGCCUGAGGCCUGAAAGAGGCAGGAGGCAGUCUCCAGGAACAGCGUGCCCGGCUGAGGAACAGCAGGGGCAAAGUCUAAAGGUAAGAGUCAGCCGGUCAGGGAGCAGGACGGGAGGAAGCUGCUGGGCUGAGGGUGUGAGGAGGCUGGGGGGACACCAGGCCCAGGACACACAGGCAGGGCCCUGGACUUUCAGAGGGAUGGGCAUGUGCCCAGGUGGGUUUAAGCAGGGUGGGCYGGGUGCCUCUGGCAGCUACAGGUAAACGUACACCACAGCUUGCAGUCAUUCGGCGCGGGUUGCGAUGCUGUCAUCUCUGAGAUGGCUCUGGAUUUGUGUGUGUGUGGACCUGGGGUCGGACCCAGGGACAUGCCACCACUCAGUGCACCCCAGCCCUUUCUAUUUUCCUUUGAGACAGGCUUUGCUGCAUUGCCCAGGUGGGUCCUGAACCUGCAGUCCCACCCCACCUCAGGCCUGGGCCACUGUGCCCAGCUGGAAUUCUUAAAAUGGCCUGUGGUGGGGCUCUCGGAGCCKGGGGGAGGUCAGAUACUCAGCAGAUAUCUGCCUGGUCUCCACUGGUCUGCUGUGAGGCCACAGGGAGGACUCGGGCCCCCCAGAGGACCUGCCAGUUCCCACAUAGAGCUCAGGGCAGGUGCCAGCUGGGGUACCUGCCACCCCGCCCGGCAGUGACUCGGGAGCUCAGGCGCUGGGCUAGCGUCCUACCUGGGGAGGUCCUCAUCCUGCCACUCGCCCUUCACCUCCACCUUCUCCAUCCGCAGGGUGGCUUCUGUGGUCCCCAUGGGAGCCGGGAGGAGGGGCCCUGGAGGGGAGCUGGGAGGGAGGAGCGGGUUGAGUGGACAGGGGUCCUAACAACAGCCCCCCGACCGCAGCUCUCA